CAGCCGGAGCGAGCCGGCUUUACACACUUCAUGCGGGGGCGAUUUUCUUUUCUAUUAUUUUCUCUUUUUGACCCGGCCAUAAACAAAGGAGAUGAGGGGACUCCUGCCGUUUUGCCGGGGCCUGUACGGCCUGAGUAACCGUCAAGCCAGACGAAAAGCUGGGAUUGUCGGUUCUCGGUGCGGGUUUUGCGGAACUCAGUCGAAUAGCAAGCAGCCACAGCCAAACUUCGGGCUCUUGUUUGACAUAGAUGGGGUCCUUGUGCGGGGAAAGAUGCCAAUCCCUGCUGCUAAAAAGGCAUUUGAGAAGUUGGUCAACUCUCAGGGACAGCUUGUGGUGCCAGUUGUUUUUGUCACAAAUGCAGGGAACUGCCUCCGACAAACAAAAGCAGACCAGCUCUCUCACAUCCUGGGAGUACCUAUCACACUAGAUCAAGUCAUCAUGUCCCACAGUCCUCUGAGGAUGUUUAAGAAGUUCCAUGACAAAUGUGUGUUGGUGUCGGGACAAGGGCCAGUCCUGGAAAUUGCUAAAAAUGUUGGCUUUGAGAAAGUUGUCAGUAUUGAUAUGCUGAGGGAGUCAUUCCCAUUGCUGGACAUGGUUGAUCACAACAGAAGACCCAAACUACCGUCUAAUCCUGUGGGAAACCUGCCCAAAGUUGACGCUGUGGUUCUGUUUGGUGAGCCGAUCCGAUGGGAGACCAACCUGCAGCUGAUUAUUGAUAUUUUAUUGACCAAUGGGAACCUCAACAGUGCUCAUACAACCCAGAAGACCUCUCACCUCCCCCUGCUGGCCUGUAACAUGGACCUCAUGUGGAUGGCUGAGGCACAUUCUCCACGGUUUGGCCACGGAACAUUUCUUGUUUGCCUAGAGAACAUCUACAAGAAGAUAACAGGUCAAGACCUCAAGUAUGAUGCCCUCAUUGGAAAACCCAGUGAGCUGACAUAUCAUUUCGCUGAGUACCUCAUCAGAAAUCAGGCCAUGCAGAGGCAAUGGAAACUGCCAAUCACUUCCCUGUAUGCAAUCGGGGAUAACCUUAUGACUGAUAUCUAUGGCGCCAACCUGUACAACCGUUAUCUGGAGGAGAGAGCUGCUAGAAAGAACCCCAAAGCCAUUGCUAAGAUGGCUGCUGCUACAGGCUCCAACACUGCAGUGCCCCAGGAUGAAGAUAUGGACAUCCCAUGGGAGAGUGAGCUGGCGAUGCCUUCAGCCACAUCUUGUAAGUCUGUUCUCGUAUGCACAGGGGUCUACAACCCUAAAGCUGAGGUGCCAUCUGAUGCGAGUCACUGCAUCAAAGAGACUGUGUUCCAUGGGCACCGGGACUUUAGGUUUGACCCUGCGCUGGUGGAACCUGGCCACAUUGUGAAAGAUGUGGCUGAAGCUGUAGACCUCAUCUUUGAGCGGGAGAAGUUUGUGCCUAAGUAGGAGUUUUGAUUUAAAAGGUUUUCAGAGUUUGUCCUCUGAGUACACUCUCAGAGCAGAAAGAUCACAUGCUGUCAUGUCUGGCUGCUGUAUGUCAGUUUACAUUAAAGAAAUAUUACAAAUUGUUUUGAUUUUAUAGUAGAUCAUCAAUAACUGAAAAGUCAAGUAAUUUUUACUUAAUUUGUGCAGCAGAUUUAAAAAUAACCAAGGUUAACUAGGGUGCUCACAAAGUAAAACAUUAAAACAAAAGACAGUAGUUAGUAAAAUAAAGGAACUCAUUAGCAACUGUAAGAUAAUGGCUAAAGUUAGCAUUCAGGUCCCUUCUGGCUAGUAUUUCUAGAGGGGUCUGGCUGCAGACGAUACAUUUCUAACACCAUUAUCACAGGCCAUUCAUCUAAGACCCCUUUUGACUCAGAAAGGAAGUGUCGUAAUUUGCUGGUACAAUGUAUCUUCAGUGUAUGAUUUUUUUAAAUGAACUUCAUUCAUUAAUAAAGUCUGGCAGCUUCAUUCAUGAAAUAAUCACUUUUCAAACAUUACAGAAGCAGCAACAUUUCAUGAAUAAAAUAGUGAAAAAGGUCAGAGAUCUUAACUGCUUUGUUAGCUUUAGCUAAAGCUAGCAUAGCUAUGCUAGCUGCGUAAUUAACAUUGCUAUGUUAGCCAACAUAGUUAAGUUAGCUUUAGCAAACAUAGCUUUUGCUAACAAGGCUACUUAGAUAGCAUAGCUUAUGUAUCUUACAUAGUUGCUUUGUGAGUUUAGCGUUAGCUAUGUAGCCAUGUUUGCUACGUUAGCUACGUAGCUCCAUUGACUAUAACUAAGGUAGCUUUUGCAACAUGAGUUUUAGCAAAAGUAUUUAAAGCUAACUUAGCUAUGUAGAUAACAUGGACACUUAGCUUUUACUUAGUUUAGCUCAGUAAUUUGAGCAUUUUUACUUCCUUGCCAAUUUGAGCUGAGCAUUUGGCCACUACUUAGAUAACAUUAACUAAAGUUUGCAAUCUGACAUUUUCUUGCUUAUUUAUUUAGUGGCCACUUUCUUGUUAGCUUUGGCCUCAUGACAGCUGAAUGCUUUGAUUUUAGCUAAUCUGUUGACCAGUAUUUUGUUUUACCUGAAGUAUGGCAGUAUUUGAGCUUCUCUCUCUCAGAGGAAUGUCAGAGAAAAUGGCUGCCGUGUGUCUCAAAGGAGGUCCUAGAAAGAGGAUGGAGCAUGAUGCCACUUAUUGGAUAAGCUUAGAUGAGCCAUACACUGUGGACAUUGUUUAAACACCUGAUAGGGCAUUUAAAAACAUUAUGGGUCAUCAUUUAUACUGUUAUCUUUGUGACAAACUCAAUAGAAGUUUAAUCAUGUUAUUGUUACUGUCAACAGAUUUUUAUAUUGUUUUUCUUGUAGUCUUUAAUUUCCUGUUUACCGUUAAGAAAAAGUGUAAUAACUGCCUUAUUUGAACCUGCUAAAUAUUUUUUUAGACAAUAGUAACAUUUUAGACUAUGAAUCCUGAAAUCAUCCUAUAUUUAUUAUUACAAGAAUUUACCAGUGUUUUUAAGCACAUAUACUGUAUAGAUAUCAUCAGACCUUUAUUCUGAAGGUGAUGUUUUAUUCUUAUGCAUAAAAAAAUUUGUUUGUUUACCCAUUUAUCCCAGAAAAAAAAACUAUGCAUGAAUAUAAGAGUUGAUAAUGUACUGUAAAGAAAAAAAAACAACAGUUUAGUGUGCAAUAUUGUCCUGUAUUAGUACUGUCUGUCUGCAUUUUGUCUAGCUGUGAGAGCCUUGAUCAGUAUUUGCACAGAUCAGGCUUUCACCUACUGUGUUAAAUGUUACCAUCUCAUUCUGCCAUUAUCUGUUUUCUACAAUAUCAUUAAUUUUGUUUGAAAUUUUUAUUUUAGAAGCAAAAAGGCCAGUUGAUCAUUUUUUAAACCUGUGUAAGAACCAGCUGAAAAUAUUUUACAAUCCCUGUUGUCAUUUUGACCAUUAUUGGUGGUUCACAAUUUGUAAAUACAUUAAGAAAAUACAAGGAAUAGUUGCACAAACCUUGCAAACUGCCUGUGUUAUUUUUUUUUGUAGUAAAAAUAAUUCUAAUGCAACCUGAACUUAACUAUGUAUAAUUAUGUCUAAAAUUAAGAAACAUGCAACCAACAGCUAAGUGUAGAGUUGUUUUUAGUUUUAUGCCUUAACCCUUCAUGGGAUAAGGAACCAUAUACGGUCACUUUGGCUGACAUCCUUCAUGGCCUCCCCCCAACUCUCUAUGGUACAGUAGCAGAAUGAUAUUUCUCAGGCAAUCACUGGAGAUAAGUUAAUGUCACGGAAAGUGACUUCAUACGACCAAUCAGCAAUGGACCAGAGUGUCUUAAACUUCCCAUUUCCUUCAGAACUAAAACAUAUCCAUGAUAAGCUGAUAAAACUCACAUAUUAUUAAGACGAAUAGUAGUGCUAAAUUUCAUGACAGGUUUUGUUUGGUUUAGCAAUUACUGAAAUUGUUGCGUGAAAAAUAGAGGAACCUUAUUUGGGUAUAUGCCCAUUUAGGGGCAUAAAAUGUCUAUAGUACGGGUUGAUGGAUAUUGGUUUUUCAGGGUCGGUACCAAUACCGAUUAGCAGGAGCUCAAGAGACCAAUAACCAAUGUUUGGAACCAGUGUGCCUAGCACAGUACAGAGUAACACAGUAGGAACAGGAAGUGAUUUCAUAUGCUUACUGUGUCAGUGGUAUCCAGGCUUAAAUGUUGAUUGGCUAGUACUCAAGUGAAAUUUCGCCAAUCAGUUUGCGUUCAUACAGGACUUUAGUCUAUGAGUGAGCCCAGGGUGAGAGAGAAAAUAAAGCCAGAGGGGAAGACACACUUUGUAGUGGAACCAAAGUAACGCAAUUUUUGAUUAAUUAACCUUUUCUAUUAUCUGUAUAAUAAAAUGUAGAUACCGAUAACCAGCCAAAUGCCAAAUAAUGGCCUCAAUAAUCUGUCAGGCCUGUAUCAGUCAACUAGUCUGUAUUAACACAUAUGGUCAAUUCUUCUAGCAAGCCAUACUUAGGGUAUUUUCUUAACAAAUAACUCAUUAUAAUGGAGGAUAACAGCACUCUGCUGUAAAGUUGGCUGUGGUAGAUUUUCCAGUGGUAAAUUUGACUAAUUUAUAGAAAUUCUCAAGGCAUAAAUAGCAAAAUAGAUGUGGUUUUUCAUUCAGUUUUACAACAGUUGUAUCAUACUUUUUUGGGCUUUAUAUCAGUUUUACUUUUUCUGUAAGCCUCAUUCUGCAUAAAUAAAUUCAGAUAUUUAAUAUUUGCCAUGUUUAUUACACUUUCUGGUGGAAUUUUAAAGAAAAACAAACGGCAUAAAUAAUGAAAUAUAUGUGGUUUUAGUCAGUUUUAAAUCAUUUUAACUGUUUUAUGAAACUUAAAUGGCCUAAAUCAUUUUUUUAUUUUAUUGUGAGCCUCAUCACUCCUAAAAUUUACUUAAUUAUUAAACGUUUGUGAUUAUUAUAGGUGUCCUGUCGGAAUUAUAAGAUAAAACUGGUGGUACCAACAUUAAUUACUUACUUACAUUACUACAGUAUUCUGAAGCUAGUCAUGUCCUCUAACUUUAUGAUGUGCAAGUGAAUACUCCUUAAACUCUUUCUGUGUAUUUUCCCUUAUAAACAUCCAAUAUGCAUACACUUCAUGGGAUUUUUUUUUUUUUUACCAUAAAUGGGCAAGGAACCAGAUGUGGUCACCUCAUUGACCUUGAU